UAUAUUAUGGUUAGUGUGUGUGGUAUAGUCUAGAGACAGUUCCGUUAGAAACCUGGCUCAAGGAAUAUAUAUUAUGUAGGUAGAGGCGCACCUUCAAACUUCCUUAUUCCUAGCAGCACACAUGUACAGGGUACAUAUGUACAGUGAACAUACGUACAUACUGUACAAUAAUAAACUCUAAGGGAAAUUGUGAUUUAGUGAAAAUAAGGAUUUUACAGAUUCUGCGUAUCCAGAGCAUCUGAACCUAUCUCUCAGUAACCCGGAGAACUUGAAGACGGACAGUUCUGCAGUAUCUGGGGAUACCCGGAGGUUGACAGAUAAAUCAGAAGAAGCACUCUAGAAAAGAUUGUUUUCCAAGUGGGAACCAAACCUUAAUAAAAAACCAGUAUCAGAGAAAAACAGGGUGAGGUUAGAAAACCUCACCCAAAAUUAAACUGAACCCAGAGAGCAAUUAUAUCUAGAAAAUGAAGAAAAAAGAGAACUUAGGAUUUGCAGAGAACUUCUUUCUUUCAGGAACUGCUGCUGCCUUAUCUAAGACCGGAGCUGCUCCGAUAGAAAGAGUAAAGCUGCUGAUCCAGAACCAGGGGGAGCUACUAAAGCAGGGAAGGCUUGACAAGGGGUUCUCAGGGGUACAGGAGUGUGUCACUAGAACCUUUAGCUCCAUUCACCAGCAUCCCGCAGCUCUUCCCUCCAUUAUCCAGUAUCCUGCAGCUCUUCCUUCCAUUUUACAGCAUCCUGUAGCUCCUCCUUCCAAUUUCCAGCUCAUCCAGCAUUAUGCAGCUCCUCUCUCCAUUCUGCCGCUCCUCUAUAUUUACAUUAUUACUGAUACAUACAGAGGUGUAAAGCAAUCCUUUAUAUUAUCUAGGUUGGGAGUAGACGCAAAGAACGGUGGGAAACGUCAGUUUAACGGUAUUCUGGAUGUUUACGUUAAAACCAUCAGGGCUGAUGGUGUACUGGGGUUGUACCGUGGUUUCUGGGUCUCUUGUACAUGUAUAUUUAUCUACAGAGGAUUAUACUUUGGCCUCUUCGAUAGCCUCAAACCUAUAGUAUUGAAUGAGGGUAGCUACUGGUUGCAUACAUUUCUCCUGGGUUGGAUAGUAACUAUCACUUCUGGUUUAGCAGCUUAUCCAAUAGAUACCGUUAAACGACGAAUGAUGAUGACGGCCGGCCAGGAGGUGAAGUACACCUCGUCUAUCGCCUGCUUGAAGGAGGUUGUAGCUAGAGAAGGUUACUAUGCUCUGUAUCGUGGUGCUGGAGUAAAUAUAGUCCGUGGAGUAGCAGGAGCUGGAGUACUCACAGGAUUUGAUAAAUUCAAACAAAUCUAUAUUUCGAGACGGAAACAUGUCUGCUAAUAUGUCAUAGUUAACAGUAACAGGUCUAUGUAUAAGGACUAGAACGAAAAAUGCAUUUAUUAUAAACCAAUGUUUGUUUAAAAAAUUCAAACUUACCUUUGUUUUUGUGAAUCUUGAACCCAAUUUUGAAGAAGAAGUUUUAUUUGCAACCCUGGACCAUCACUCCAUUCUUUCAACAGAAAAAUUAAGAUAUUAAACUGAAGGAGAACCGAGUUUUGGAAAUAGGCACGCAUGCAAAAUAUAUUACAGUUUGCAUUUUUUACUUUUUAUUUGCACAAACUUGCUAAAUAUUGAAGUAACAAUUAUUUCUCUACUGAAUACUGAACAAUACAAAUACAACGAGGUUUCGUAGUUCUUCUCCUCCCUUGGAUUCGUCCCACUCCUCCCUUGGAUCCGUCCCACUCACCCCUUGGUUCCGUCCUGUUCUUCCCUUGGAUCUUUCCCACUCCUUCCUUGGAUUCGCCCCAAUCUUCUCCUCCCUUGGAUCCUCCCCACUCUUCCCUUGAAUCCGUCCCACUUCUCCCUUGGUUCCAUCUCAAUCUUCUCUUCCCUUGGAUCCGUCCAAUUCUUAACCUCGCGCUCAAACCUCAACAAAAUUUCUUGUUAAUUCAUGUUUUUUAAAUGUCUAUUUUUAUAAUUAUAUUUUAUAGAUAUCAUAUAAUUUUUUAUAAGACUAUCCUUAAUAUCAAAAUAUAGAUGUUGUCUUCCGAUCAUA